AUGACUGAUAUUACCAAUCCUCCGCUGGAAGAUAAUAAUGAAAUUGACUGGGGUAAUGAAAGAUUGAGUCGAGCCCAACGCGCAGUGGAAGCAAACACUUACGAUGUUGACUCAUGGUCAUUGCUUAUCCGUGAGGCACAAACCAGAGACAUUAAUGAAAUGCGGCAGAUGUAUGAGAAAUUAAUCUCUGCAUUUCCUACAACAGGGCGAUACUGGAAGAUUUAUAUUGAACAGGAGAUGAAGGCAAGAAAUUUCGAAAAGGUUGAAAAGCUGUUUCAGAGAUGUUUGAUGAAGAUUCUCAACAUUGAGCUGUGGAGGCUGUACCUCAAUUACGUGAAGGAGACUAAGUGCAUGCUGCCUACCUACAAAGAAAAGAUGGCUCAAGCGUACGAUUUUGCCCUUGACAAAAUAGGACUGGAUAUCCACGCGUAUCCUAUCUGGAACGAUUACAUCACAUUUUUAAAGAGCGUUGAGGCUAUCGGCUCUUACGCUGAGAACCAGAAGAUAUCUGCCGUCAGAAAGGUGUACCAAAGAGCCGUUAUAACGCCCAUAAUUGGAAUAGAAACUCUAUGGAAGGACUACAUAUCGUUUGAACAGAGCAUCAACACUAUUAUUGCUGAACGUAUGGCAAUGGAGCGCUCCCGGGAAUACAUGAACGCUCGUCGUGUUGCUAAAGAGUUGGAGACAGUUACUCGAGGGUUGAAUAGGAACAUGCCUGCAACACCACCCACCGCUGACAGAGAGGAAAUGAAACAAGUGGAACUUUGGAAGAAAUAUAUUACCUGGGAGAGAUCGAACCCACUACGUUCUGAGGACACAGCGUUAGUCGCUCGACGAGUAAUGUUCGCUAUUGAACAAUGCCUCCUGUGUUUAGCGCACCAUCCCGAUGUGUGGCAUCAAGCUGCCCAGUUCUUAGACCAUUCUGCCAAACUACUACAAGAAAAAGGGGACUCAAACGCCGCCCGGCUGUUCUCUGACGAAGCGGCUGCUGUGUACGAGAGAGCUACCAGCGGUCCCCUGAAACAGUCCACGCUGUUGCACUUCGCACACGCCGACUAUGAGGAGAGCAGGCUACAUUAUAAUAAGGUUCACCAAGUAUACACUCGUUACUUAGACAUGGAGGAUAUAGACCCGACGUUAGCCUACGUACAAUAUAUGAAGUUUGCGCGGAGAGCUGAAGGUAUCAAAUCGGCCAGGACUGUCUUCAAGAGAGCUAGAGAGGAUCCGAGGUCUCGUUACCACGUAUUCGUGGCGGCCGCUCUAAUGGAAUACUAUUGCUCAAAGGACAAGAACAUAGCGUUCAGAAUAUUUGAGCUGGGUCUAAAGAAGUUUUCUCACAUUCCUGAGUAUGUGCUGUGUUAUAUAGACUACCUGUCGCAUUUAAACGAGGACAACAAUACACGUGUGCUCUUCGAACGAGUCCUCUCCUCCGGUAGUUUAAAACCGGAGAGUUCAGUGGACAUAUGGAACAGGUUUUUGGAGUUUGAGUCCAAUAUCGGGGAUUUAGUCAGUAUUGUAAAAGUUGAGAAGCGGAGACAAGCUGUGCUGGAAAAGAUCAAAGAGUUUGAGGGCAAAGAAACAGCGCAGUUGGUCGACAGAUACAAGUUCCUGGAUCUAUACCCUUGCAGCAUCGCUGAACUAAAGUCUAUAGGAUAUACUGAGGUGGCUUCUAUGUCGAACAAAUCGUGGGCUUUAGGUGGCGCUCUGGCUGGAAUAUCGCCGGAAUUAGCAGCCGUUAUACUCGGACAAAAAGAUAACGACCCGAACAAGGACAUCGCCAGACCCGACACCAAUCAGAUGAUACCUUACAAGCCUAAAGUGAACCCACUACCAGGCGAACAUCCUAUAUCAGGAGGUACAUUCCCGUUGCCAGCAGCAGCAGCCCACCUGUGUACCCUGAUGCCGCCGCCGACUUGCUUCCGCGGACCCUUCGUCUCCGUAGACAGACUCAUGCAACUAUUUAAUAGGAUCUCUUUACCUGACAAACCACCAGCGCCUACACAAGAGAAUGGCUGCGACACGAAGCUAUUCGACCUGGCGCGCUCCGUGCACUGGAUCGUCGAUGAUGAGGGCAUCACCACUGUCGCCAGCAAGGCUCGUCGACGAAAAUUAGGUGAAGACUCCGAUGAUGAUGAACUGGGUGUAGCGCCUCCAGUCAACGAUAUUUACCGCCAGCGGCAACAAAAACGAGUCAAAUAG